ACAUCGAAACAAUUCGCCAAGUGGAACUUCUUCUGACUCACUGCACAGGAAGGGUAGGGGGAGGCAACGGGCUUGGCUCUUACUCAAUGUCCACUUCCUCUUAGAUCCCUGCCUGUUUCAGUUUCCAGUUUCAAUUUCUUUUUCCUAAAGUCAGUUGCCAGAAAACAAAGCAAAGGAACUAAGUGAAGCUUCCAUAUAUAGGUCUCUCACAUUUAUUUGAGGCAGAGGAGGAAGAUUUCUGAAGAGCACCGUAGCCUGAACUGCAGCCUUUCACUAGAGCUGAGAAGCACACACAACCAUGAGUGAGACCACAAAGAACUCCUUGGAGAGCAGCCUACAGCAACUGAAAUGCCAUUUCACCUGGAACUUGUUAGAGGGAGAAAGUUCCUUGGAUGAGUUUGAAGACAGAGUGUGUAACCACACUGAGUUUCGGAGCAGCGGAUUCAAAGCUACCAUGUACAACUUGUUGGCCUACAUCCAACACCACAGAGGCCAAAACGAGGCAGCACUGGAAUACUUACGUCAAGCUGAAGAGUUAAUCCAGCGAGAGCAUGCUGACCAAGCAGAAAUCCGAAGCCUGGUCACCUGGGGAAACUACGCCUGGGUCUACUAUCACAUGGGCAGGCUCUCCGAAGCUCAGGCUUAUGUAGACAAGGUGAAACACGUGUGCAAGAAGUUUUCCAGCCCUUACAGAAUUGAGAGUCCUGAGAUAGAUUGUGAAGAAGGAUGGUCACGACUGAAGUGUGGAAGAAAGAACACUGAAAGGGCAAAAGUGUGUUUUGAGAAGUGUCUGGAGAGGAACCCAAAGAACCCGGAAUUCACUUCUGGACUGGCUAUCUCAAGCUACCGUCUGGAUAAAUGGUCACCACCUCAGAAUCCCAUUGACGCCCUGCGUCAAGCCAUUCAGCUGAAUCCUGACAAUCCUGACAACCAGUAUGUUAAAGCCCUCCUGGCUCUGAAGCUGCAGAAGAUGAACCAGGAAGGUGAAGGACAGAGGUUAGUUGAAGAAGCUGUGGAGAAAGCCCCACAUGCAACCGAUGUGCUUCGUGCUGCCGCAAUGCUGUAUCGAAAACAGAAUGACCAAGACACUGCAAUAGAACUGCUUAAAAGGGCUUUAGAAUAUAUGCCAAACAAUGCCUACCUGCAUUACCAUAUUGGGGCAUGCUAUAGGGCAAAAGUCCACGCGUAUCAGAAUACAGGAGAGAAUGGAAGAUAUGGGGAAAGAGAAGAGUUACAGGAACUAAUAGAACAAGCUGUGAGUUAUUUAAAGAGAGCUGAUGAGCUCAAUGGAAAUCUCCACCAUGUCUGCUCCUAUCUUGCCUGCCUCUGUGCACAGGCAGGUAAGUAUGAAGAAGCAGAAUAUUACUUCCAAAAAGAAUUCAGCAAAGAGCUUAUGCCUGUAGACAAACAAGUGCUCCAUCUGCGAUAUGGCAACUUUCAGCGGUUCCAGAUGAAGUGCGAAGACAAGGCCAUCCACCAUUUUAUGGAGGGUGUGAAAAUAAACCAAGAGACAAAGGAGAAAGAAAAAAUGAAAAACAAACUGCAAAGAAUUGCCAAAACCAGGCUUUCUAAAAAUAGAGCAGAUCCUGAGACUUUGCAUCUCUUGGCAUUUCUUGAGGAGCUGAAUGGGGAAAGGCAGCCUGCAGAUGAAACCUCCGAGAGAGACUUGGACUCUGGAUGCCUUGUCCCUUCAGCAUCUUUAGCUGAGGAAUGAGGAAUCAGGAUAUGGUGCCUAUAGGAUUGCUGCUAGAAGACAGCUGAAACCCUUCCACCAAGUUGGUGUUCAAAAUAUUUAACAACUAGUAUGGCAUAGGUGUGGACUAAGACACUGGCCCAUAGUACUGGAUUAGGAGUAUGGGAGAACUCUGUUGGACCAAGACUUAACACUUGAAUUGCUCAGGGAGUCUGGGAGAGGGAUAGAUUGGUGAGCAGGCCCUGUGGCUGGGAAAAGGGGCUAUUUCCCACCUGACUUCUGGGGUGCAGUUUGCUCUGUGACAUUCUCUUAGUCAUCCUCCAUGUGGUGAUGCUGUGGGUUUGUUUCUAUGUCUAUGUAAAGCAGAUCCCUCGCAUCUAUAACACAAUGGUCCAUUUUGACAAUGUUUUUCCAUCCUUGGAGUCAUUUGAGACCCUGUGCAGGAAUGUUCUGUAUCGAUCCAAAGGCUGGGAAACCAAAGCUUGGACAGGGCUAGCUGUCCUCUCUCUUUCUCGCUCUGCCUUCUCUCUCCUCCACCCCAGAUAAUCCUCAACCUCAACUGUCCUAUACAACAGGAGUUCAAUUGUCCCAUUAACUGAAGUGGGAACAUAGUUUGAAAACAGGAGAGCAGAGACUAGGUCCAGUCCAGAAGGGAAAUAUCUCGGACAACCAAUGGAGUUAGGCAAUCACAGUACAAGAGUUUUAGGAGGCACAGGGGAGAAUUUGCCUCCACUCUGCUUUCCCGGUAAUCAUAAUACGAAGUGAAGAAUAAAAAAAGGGAUUCUGUACAAUAUGCUAGAAUCCAAAAUAAUACAUUUCUUUAAAACUUGUGUGGAAAAAUGAAGGUCUCAUCAGUAGGCAUAGGAACAGAGUAGUAGGCAAAAGAGAGAGAGGAAUGCUGGUUUGUCAUUGUAGAUUGUAACCAUAUGGAGAAAUUUUCACUGUCUUUGCCACUAUUAGGAAAAUUUCUUUAUAAGAUGAAGACUUACUUUGUUAAAAAAAAAAAAAAACUUUGAUGAGCUCAGGUUCAAAAUGAUAAGAAAGCAGCAGAACAGAGGUCUUGGGAAAUGACAUCAGUAAUGGGGAGUUUUCCCCCAUUAGAAAUGUAUAUUAGGUGAUAUAAAAGUUCCUUUAGGGCCGGCCGAGUGGCUCGAUGGUUAAGAGCUGUCUUGGGACACCAGAGGGCCCCGGUUCGGAUCA